GAAAUGCCAUUAAGAUGAGCAGUAAGCGGCCAUUUUGUCGUAGCAGCAGACACAAGACACUUCCUGGUGUGAAGCUGGAGAGUGUGUAUGCAGUGAGGAGGAGAUUCAGGUAGAAGAUUGGGAGUCUUAGGUAGAAGAGAAAGAUCCUUUACAAGGACGUCAUGAUGGAGAAGCGGCCGCCCCUCACAUCUCCGGAUGGAUCCAGUAAUGGGAACCCACCAGAGAGAGGUCCCCGUCCUCUGUAUUCCCGGGACUCCACACAGGAACAUCAGGAGAUUCCUGAGGAGGAUCAGAGUAAACAUUUGAUUGCUAUUAAAGUUGAAGUGAAGGAGGAAGCAGAAGAUCAAUCUGUGAUGAGUGAUGUGUCAUGGAAGAAAGAGGAAAUAACUCCAAACAUCAGCACAGACCCCGGAGACACCAGAGACCCUCAGAGAGAUGUCAAAGUUAAAGAGGAGAAAGAAGAAAGACCUGUGAAGGUUAAAGAGCAGGACAUUUCUAUAGAGAUUGGCACCGAUGGACGAUAUAGAAGGUGUGAUGCAGAAGAACCUCCUGCUGUCCUUUCAGGUGUUGAAAAAGGAGAUGAUACCACAUCAGAUUCCUCAGAAGACGAUGAUGUCACAUCAGAUUCCUCAGAAGACGAUGAUGUCACAUCAGAUUCCUCAGAAGACGAUGAUGUCACAUCGGAUUCUUCAGGGGAAAAACAUAUUCCCCAAAAAUUCCAUUCAGCACCUCACAGUGCAGAUAUCCGAUCUGGUCCCUCAAAACAUGGAAGGAGUGUUGCUGAUCAUUCCGCUUGUGGCACUCAUGAUGGUCCCAAACAGGAGAAGCCAUACCCAUGCUCUAAAUGUGGGAAGAGUUACAGUUCCAAGCAAGGUCUUUUGAUACAUCAGAAAACGCACACGGGAGAGAAGCCCUAUUCAUGUUCAGAAUGCGGUAGACGUUUCGCGGAAAGGUCGAAUCUUGCUAGACAUCGAAGCACUCACGUUGGGGAGAAGCCAUACUCCUGUUCGGAAUGCGGUAAACGUUUUUACCAUAAAUCGUCUCUUAUCACGCAUGAAAAAAUUCACACCGGGGAGAAGCCCUAUUCGUGUUCGGAAUGCGGGGAAACUUUUUCUUCUCAACACUCUAGACUUACUCACCAGAGAACUCACACGGGUGAAAAGCCAUACUCCUGUUCCGAAUGUGCGAAAAGUUUUACUACAAAAUCGAGUCUUGCCAGGCACCACACAGCUCACACGGGGGACAAGCCUUACGCGUGUUCCGAAUGCGGUAAAUGUUUUGCCGACAGAACCCACUUUUAUUGCCACCAGAAAUCUCAUACGGGGGAAAAGCCAUUUUCCUGCCCCGAAUGUGGCAAAAGCUUCGCCUUCAAAGCCAGUCUGGUUAAACAUCAAAGAAAUCGCACGUGUGUUGUCCAGUUUUCCUGUUCAGAGUGUGGCAGAGAUUUUAGGAGGAAGUCAAGUCUGGUUGUACAUAAGGAAAUGCACAAGAGACUCCAUCUCAUGUUUCAACAGAUUUACAAAGAGGAGAAACCUGAACUCAAGGCAGAUAUUAGCCACCUUCCCUGAAGAUAAAAUAGGUCAUUUAGCUCCUAUAUUGUGUUUUGUCAACUCAUUUCCUAUC